AUGGGCACGACAUUGGUUGGUGAUUACGACCUAACAUCCCGCUACACAACCGUCUCAAUCCCCGCCUCAUACGGCGGCCUCACAACCGGUCCACCACCCGGCACAGUAGCAGGAAUCGUCCUUGGCAGCGUCGGCGGCGUAAUAAUAGUCCUCUACCUAACCUUCCUCGCCCUUAAUCCGGGCGGUAUAGCGCGAGGCGGGGGCAUGGGCGGAGGCUCGUCAUCCAUUGACGAAGAAGUCGUCGUUCGCAGUCGUCGCGGUGGUUCGUCCCGGCGUAGCGAUGUGAUCGAGGUUGUUGAGGAUCGCGGUGGUCGACCGAGGAGUUAUCGACGACCGCCAUCGCAUGAUCAGGUUAUUGUUGAGGAGUCGGUGACUGGCACGACGACUUCGGAUGGGAGGGAUUUUGUUGAGGUUCUUGAGGAGGAGUCUUCGGGGGUUUCUUCUUCUGAGCCGUCUAGGAGGGGUGGGAGGGGGUAUCGGUCUGUUGAUCCGCUUGCUUAUGGGGGUGGGAGUUCGCAGGGGGGUCGGUAUCGAUGA